AUGGAUGGAGAAUCACCCAGCCAGGAGACAUCUGAGUCUACAGAGGAGACUAAUCAGACAGACACUAACAACAACAACAACCAGGCAGAUGCACCAGGGCUGGAGGAUGAUAGUGACACAGGGAUAGAGCACACAGAGGGGGAGACAGCAGAAGGUCAGGGGGCAAUGGAGGUGGGAGAGCAGAGGGAGAAGGAUAAAGAACCACAACAGGGAGAAGGAGAGGAGGCCAGUGCUGGAGAUACAGAUAAGCUCCAGACUGCAUCAAAGCCUGUUGAAGGUGACACUGAAGAGACUGGACAAGAUAAAGACAAAGCACCUACUGAUAUGAAGGAUCAUGAACCGGUAAAUGGAGAAAAAAAAGGGGAGGGAGAGGUGGAGGAAGACAAGAAAGGAGGGCAGGUGGAGGAUGUGAAGACUGGGAAAGACGGACAGGAGGUAAAGGACAAACACAAAGAUGAAGAGAGGAGUAAAACUGGGGAAAAGGCAAAUGAAGAAGAGAAAGAUGUGAGUGGAAAAGCAGCAAAGGAGGCAGAGAAGAAAAAACAAGUUAAAGAAGCAGAUGUUGAGACGAAAGACAAAGGAAAGAUAAAGGAGGCAGAAAAGCAAGGGAAGCCCAAACGAAAGAGCGGUCCUCCUUCCUCUUCUCUCUCCCGACCAAGACCCUCUGCACGCUCUGUCAGAGCCUCCACCAAGAACAACAUUAUUGCCAAGUUCGAACAAGCUUCACCAGAGUCACCAAUACCACGCAACUUCAAAAUUCAGAGGUCAUCUGCAGCCGCGGCCACAGGAGCUUCAAUCAAACAGAAGAUGCUUCAGUGGUGUCGCAACAAAACGCGAAACUAUGAGGGGAUCAACAUAGAAAACUUCUCAUCAUCCUGGUGCAAUGGGCUGGCGUUCUGUGCUCUGAUCCAUCGUUUCUUUCCAGAUGCUUUUGACUACAGCUCCCUCAAUCCAAAGGAGAGGGAGAAAAACUUUACUCUGGCCUUCCAAACUGCAGAGUCUCUGGCUGACUGUUGCCCUCUGCUGGAAGUGUCUGACAUGAUCAUGAUGGGUAACAACCCGGACCCCAUGUGUGUGUUCACGUAUGUCCAGUCCCUCUGCCACAGCCUGUCCAAAAUAGAGAAAGAGAGGAAAGAAAAAGAAAAGGAGGAGAAAGAGAAGUCUGGUAAUGAGGGGGAAGAGAAAGAGGAAGGAGAGGACGCAGCAGGAGAGGUAUCGACAGAGAAGCAUGAAGAAGAGUCUGCUGAGAACGGGAUGAUGGAUGGCCAGGUGGAGAAAGAGAAAGGAGAAAGUGCUGAGCCAGAGGGAACUGGUGAGGAGGAAGAUGCACCAAAGAGCUGCGAGACGGAGGAAGGUGGAGCAGCGUUAGUCGAGGCAAAGUCCUAGAAAAUAUUGACAGCACACAGAAAGACUGAAAAGACCAAAAAGAUUGUAGAUGGUUGCGGUGCUACAACGAGUAAGUCUUAGUUUGCUGUUGGACUGACUACUCUCAGAGUAAAGAGGCACAUCAGGUCGACUCUCAACUCAAAUACUGGCAAUUUGAUUUUACAGUUAGCUGUAUGUUUGAAAGUUUUAUUACACUGUUUUUUAUUGACGGCCAUGUUGUUUGUUUUUGAGCACAUAAAGCAGAAAAUCGAAUUAUUCUGUUUGUUCUGUGAUUGUAUGAAAUCAUAGAUUAAAUAAUGGA